AUGUCGCGGCCGUCGGCACUCCGCAAACCGCUUCUCUACACACCGGCAUCGUCGACAGGGAGGCCCGCAUCGUCCCCACGACGACGGCAGCGGCAGCCGCUGCAAACACGCGGGUCCGCCUCGACCAUCGCUGACUCCCCCAGGCGUCUCAUCUCGUACUACUUGUCCAAGGCGGCGUACAACACGCACGUGGAGGAGAACGGGGGCGACGGCGUCGCAUCUGCUACCGCCAGUGAAGGCGAUGAUGCGGUGGACGAACAGACGAAACGCGCAGACGACGACCACGGCACCGUUGAGCAUGAGCUACAAACGCCGCCGUCGUGCUCCUCAGACCCCCUGCGGUCUCCGUCGUUCUGGGGUAUGCAAAGAAACACCGGCACCACAGUAACCGGCUCACCUCCCUCUCCGCGCUGCCGCCCGUCCGCUGCCGUGGUGCCAUCUACGUCAGGCACCCUCAACACGUCCACCACUAUCCAACAAGCGGAGAGAAGCAACGGCCUCAGUGAGAGGUGGACGCUGGCGGAGUUGCGCACCCCACCGCCACCGGCACCGACGGCAACCUUGCCGCAAUCCGCGGCGCCGUCGUCGCUCCCCGCCACUCCAACGUCCCCCGUGUCGCAGCUCGUCGUGUACCCAGAGGAGCAACGCCGCGUGUUUGAGGCACAGGUGAUGCAGCAGGUGGAGGCACUCCUUCAGGCACAGCAGAGCGAGUGUCGCGCCGAACUGGAGGCGUAUCGUGUGACGGCCGCAGAGGCCCAGGCCACGCUGCAGGCAGUGGAGGCGUUCUUGGGAGAGAAGAUCAGCGAUAUGCAGCGCAGCAACAGCGGCAAAGUUGGAGGUAUCAAUACAGGUGUGAAUGACCGUUGCGAUGACUGUGUGUCAGGCGGCAGGCCCUCUCCCACACCGGAAGCACUGUGGCCGCCGUCAUUAGCUCUAUCAGUGGAUGCACUGGCUCUCGACAUGUCCCGCGUCGCCGCCGCGGCGACGACACCGGCCACAGAGAAGCUGCUCGACGGUAUCAUGAGCAUUCAAGACGGCCAGCACGUUCCGACGGUGCUACGGAGGGUUGUGGAGCAACUCUACCAUGACCUCGCGCGUGCGCUGGCCCCAGCAGCCAUGAACUUUGUGAACCAGCAGCAGCAGCAGGUGCUGCACGAGGAAUGGACUGCCGCGGCGAUGAAGACCCGGGCGUCAGCUGCCCAUGCGACGCGCAACGAUGCACCUUGCGACGCCGAUGAACUAUUGCGCACGCAGGCAGAGGUGGCAGCACUUCAGGAGGAGGUCCACGCGCUGCGUCGUACGCUGCGUAGUCGAGACUCUGGCGUUGCCAGCAACGACGCCAGCUCCACUAGUGGCCUUGCCCCUUCCAAGUUCUCCAUCAUGGCGUCCAACGCACCGAUGCACACCUCGCAGGAGGAUCUGGUCUAUGCGUUGCAGAAUCGCCUGCUAUCCGAGUGCCAUGCCAUGCUAACGCGCAGCCGCCAUGAGGCGCUCUUGCUGCGCCGCUCGCUGGAGGAGGAGAAGCGUCAGCACUUUCUGACGCGCCUGCGCCUGCUGAAGCCUACGCAUCCUCUCGCACCACAUAGAGCGAGCGCUGAUGCCUCAACCGCUGCCGCUGCUUCUGGCCAUGCCCGGCCUUACAAUGGCCCUGCUAGCUUAAAGGUGGACAUCGGCGGCAGCGGCGGCGUUGAUGUGUCCCCCAGGUCACACAGUGGUAGUGGUUCUUCGCCAGUGAUGCAUGGCUCAUCGGCAACGCGCAGCCCAACUCCAUCCAUUCCCGAUGCCGGCGGCUCUCCUCACUCGCAAGCGCACGCGACAGCCAGGCAGUCGGUGGGCCCCUUACUCAGUGCCGCGCAUCAAGCAGCCCCACAUCGCUGGACUCCCGUACGCAGCCCGUUCCCGCUCGCAUCUGACAGCGGAGGGACCGUCGAGCACGACGGAGACGGUGAUGCGGGAGACGCUGCUCCUGCGGAGCAGCCACCUGCGCUGCGGCACAUGUCUUCGCCGUCAUCUCAACCGAUAUCCACGGGCCCUAGCCGCACAGCGCCACGCACUGCGGCAUCUCUUCAGACUGCCAUGCGAGUCGCAGAUGAGGUGCUGCGCACGACAGCACCCGCUACGUACACCGCCAGAGAACCAGCCCAUCCUUAUUAUCGGGAAGAGGGGGGCGGCGUCACGGGGUCUUGGCAACACAGCCGCGGUAGCAGAGAUGUGAGCGGGGCCCCUCAGGAGAAUGACGGCGGAGCCCUGUCUUCUCGGCAACGCGGAGAGCGGCUUGGACAGCCCCUACGCCCGUGGGGGCAUUCUGUGUCUUUCCUCAAUUCCUCUGACUCCUUCAAGGAGGAAGUGCGCCGUACAGCACCGCCGCUCAUGUCUGAGAGUCCGACGCGCGUCUCAUCACGCGGCGGGCCUUCUAGAUCGUCCUCCACCCGUGUGGUGGGCAGACACGACAGCAACACAAGCACUGGGAUGGACCCGAUGUCGAGCUCCACACUUGCAGUGUCGUGGGAUGGCUUUGCUGCUGCUGAAGCCGCGCCGGCGCCGCCCAGUGACGCCUACGAGAGGCGAGUCUGGAACAAGGCAGUAGAACUACUGAGUCGCUACUCCAUCGCGUAG